AUGGUGAAUUCCAAGGACCCGCCACUGCCAGAUGAGCUGCGCGGUCGUUUGGAACAAGUGGAUGGUAACGCAACUGCCGAGGAGUGGAAGUUGAUCGGCAAUGAGUGCUACUCCCACGGCUGUUACUUUAGCGCCAUCCGCUGCUACACCAAGGCGCUGGAGAAGGAUGAGACGGCUAUCCUCCACAGCAGCCGGAGCGCCGCCUAUUUGAAAUCAUCCAUGUUUGCCGGCCCGUCGCUCGCGCUAAAAGACGCAGAGCGUGCGGUGGAGCUGGAUCCGGGCUGGUACAAGGCCCGCCUCCGCGUUGGCGAUGCACAGUUUGCGCGUAAAAAAUAUGCGGAGGCAAAGGCGGCCUAUCAAAAGGCUCUGGAGUUGGACGGCAACUGCAUGACGGCGGCAGACUCGCUGCGGCUUGCGGAACGAGAACUUUUUCUUCUCUCUCUCGAUGAGAAGGCGAGGCAGGAGGCAGCGAGGGGGGGGCCAACCGAGGAGCCGACCAACACCACGCUGAGCGGGAACACUGGCAAGGCGUUGACGAAUUCGGGCAGCGAUGAACCACUCACCGUUGAGGAGGAGAUUAGGCAACGCAUUCAGCUGUGGACACAAGACACCACCGUGCGGGAGGAUCGAACCGCCAUGCGGGCCUUUAAUGCGCUAUUAGAUGAGGCGGAUCGUGAGACCGGGGCGAGGUACAAGAGCGAGCUGCUCUCGACAUUCCGAGGGAAGAUGGCAACGCAGGAACCACUUCGACGCAAGGUGGAGGAGCGGCAGGAACGGGAGCUGCGAAUGGGCGAGGGCAUUGACUAUCGCAACGCCGACAACUAUCGCGCCAUGCUAAUGAAGGGAACGAACGGUGUGGGUCUUGGCAUCUCCACCGACGCCUACAAGUCAUACAAGUAUGAGAGCAAAAUGUGGUGA